AUGUCUCACGGGCACAGUCACGGCGGGGGCAGCUGUUGCCAUAGCGACGACCACGAAGAGCCUCCCGAGCGGCGCGGCCAGGCCUGGGGCCUUUACCUGCGCAUCGACCGCGAGCGCCUGGAGUGCCUGAACGAGCGGAGGGAAGGCAGCGGGGCUCUUGUCUUCCGCGCCUGGGAAGACCGCGGGGACCGCCAGAAGGUCUGCCCUCCUUUUUUUGUUUCUCGCCUCCCGGAGGGGUUGGGGGGGGAGGAGCUUGUGGCCGUUUCGGUGCUGCUGAGCUGCAGCUCCUACCAGGCCUCGUCAUGGGCUGUGCCAGGGAGUUGUAGCUCGACAACACCUUGAAGGCGUUGGUGCAAUGCACCAGCACAGGUUGCUACACUAGACCCCAUGUUGCUGAAGUACAACUCUUGACAUCCUUGCAUGGGUGCAGCCAGGAUUUAUUUUUGUUGUUUUUUUUUUAUAAUUGAUAUUUAUUGAAUUUUCAAAAAAUAACAACAAAAAUUUCCAAAAAAAAAAAAAAUUUUAGGAUACAAAAAACAAAAAUAGUGCAUAAACAAAAAAGAAAAGAAAACCCAGCCGCAAAGAAAGAAAAAAAAAGAGAAACAGAAAAACAAAAAUAUAAAGUCCUUUACAAUCUCUAUUGACUUCCUUUCUAGACUUCCUCCUCCUCCCCUCUUUUGUUUCUUAAUUUUUAAUUUUACAGCAAAUCCUUUCUGUUUUUUCAUAACAAUCUGUCAUUACGUUUCCUUAUUCUAUUUUCUCUCUUGUCAUAUAAAAACUUUAAAACUCAUAGCUUAUAUUCAAUAUUUAACAAAUUCUUGCAUCAUUACCUUUUUACGAAUCAUUUACCAAUCCUUACUUAAGCCAUAUAAUUUCAUUCAACAUCCUUCAAACAUUUGUAAGCAUUCCCAAUAUUAAAAAAUAAAAAAGAAAAAUUAAUAAGUCGAAUUCAGUCCAGUCAGCUUCCAACCUCCCCUCCCCUGGACCCGGGAUUGUCAGUCCUUUUAACCUCCCUUAACCUGGUUGUCUCGUAUCCGAGGCCCUCAAGUCUCUUUCUUGCCCCUUUCGCCACUCUUGUUGAUGAUUCCUUUCCAGUCGUGGAUGCUCCAGCAAGAAAAUGCUUUUGACCCUUUGCAGCAAGUCCAUCCCAAACCCAUUGCCCAAGCCAGACAGCAAAUAAUACCACUUCAAAUUUCCACAAAGCUUGGAGACUUCGGCUACUCCAAUCCUCUGAUAGCCCAUCACCAGACUCGGAAGGUCCAAAUAACCAUAUGGAGGGGUCGAUCCAUCCCCCAUUUCCAAAUCUGACCACAUUUCAUCUUUCCGAAUCUGGUUUGUCCCAAGUUCAUUUAUCAAGUUCAAAGGCUGAUCUUGCCCGUCCAAAGGUCCCUCCAUCUCUGAAGCCUCCGUCACUACAGCAGGUUCAUAUGCUUGUAUAGCCUUUAACUGAAUUUCAUUUGUUUGCUGCUGUGCUCUGGUAACUUCCAUCCUCAAGGUCGUCUCCUGACGCAUCUGGUCCAGCUGGGCACUUAGUUUUGAAAAACCUUCCAGGAACAAUUGUUCAAGCCUUUGUACUAGCAUUGUCCUUCAAGGUCAAAGAAAAUUCUUUCCCACGAGAAUAGUCCAAUAGUCCUUCUCUUUUAAUCUCUCUGCGUUGCAAUUUCACUAAAUUCCACUAGAUGGAAUUUUUUUUUUUAAAGGAAUAAAAGCAACAGCAACAAUCUUUCUUUUUCCAGAAACACUUUAUCCAAAAUUCCCCUUCCAAAUUCAAGAGGCAACAGUAGAAUCAAAAUGUUACCCUUCUUUUAACUAACUGUCGAGCUGGAUAAACUUCAGAACGUCAAUUCUGACAGCCCGCUCCUGGUUCAGGGCGGUGGAAAAUUGCUUUAUUUUAAACUCACUUCCGCAGGAUUGAAAAGUCCAAAUACAACCCCUUUUUCUCCUGCUGUCAAAGGGGGUUCAGAAAUCUUAGAUGUUGAAUUCUAGUUCUCUUAAAAUUUAAUUUUCAGGCUUUAGUAUAUUUUGUCUUUGCUUUCUUCACAUAACAAAAGAACGGAAGGCGACUUCCUGUUUAGACCUUCCCAUUCCGAGUCCCAAUUAAGUUCAAUUUCAAGUCCAAUAUUAUUUGUUUAUUCACCAGUCUUAAAAGUGGUUCAGCUCUUCUAAGAUCAGGUACUCACGGAUAGAUGUUUUAGAUGCCAAAUUGUCCAGGAAAAAGGCAGCGCUCUCCGAUAACGGCAGUGCGGCUUUGCUGCACGGAGGAAGCAGACGACUCACAGCACCACGCACCUCCCACUCCGGAGCCCGUUACCGGGCUCCUGGCCUAGGGAGAGAGCGCUCUUGGUGCCCGCCGAGUCCCACGUCCACAGGCUUCUUCUGCCUGUGGUUUUUGCGGGUCCCCGCUGCGCCGUAGCGGCAGGACCCAAGCCUCCGUGCAGCGGGUUCCCUUCAGUCCGAAGGGAAUUCCGCCAUUUUCCGGAGGCGCCACCCCGGAAGUCCCCCAGGAUUUAUUUUUGGGGGAGGGGCAGGCUUUAGGUUAGGGGGUCAGAAUCGAGUUGUCUUUGACGCAAUUGUUCAGUUAGUUAAGAAUUUUUCAUUUAUUUACUUGAUUGGGGGCACCUGCUGCUCCCCCUGGCUGCACCCAUGCAUCCCUAUCAUUGGCCAUCUGGCUGAGUCUGAUGAGAGUUGGAGUCUAGCAACAUCUGGAGGGCCACAGGCCUCCCCAUUCCUGGCGUAGAUAACGACCCAGCGAAGGUGCUGGUUAUGGGGAAGGGCAGAGGGAGGGUCAAGGGUGUGUGUCAAACGCCCAGGCACUAACCCUCCCAUUCAUUAUGAUUGGAUGCGUGUGGUAACUGCGCAGAAAGGUAUUUUUCCAUGUACAAAUUCUAACUCAGUUAUGAAGUGGAAACUUUUAAAAAAUCCUAAGCAUUUUCCAGAGAGGUAACAGUGUUUAUUCUGUUGCAGUAGAAACAAGGCUUAUCUAUAUAAGAUAUCUGUAAGCUGCCUCUUAGGUAAGCUAUCUGAAGGUGGCUUCUUAACAGUAUAAAUUGAAAACCGGCAUGCUUAGAAAACAAAAACUAGAGUUUUAUCCAGAAAACAUAUGGGGAAAAGUUGCAGCACUCAGGACUUUCUAGUUUAGAGAACAGGCGAGUGUGAGAUGACAUGAUAGAAGUUUAUAAAAUUAUGCAUGUCAUUCAGGAAGUGGAUAGGGGGGAAACCAUUUUCUUUUCUCAAAGCAUUAGAACUCAUGGACACUGAGUGAAGCUGAAUGUUGGAAGAUUCAGGACAAAUAAAGUACUUUUUCAUGCAGCACAUAGUUAAUCUCCAGAACUCGCUCCCACAGGAGGUGGUGAUGGCCACCAACUUGGAUGGCUUUAAAAGAGGAUGGGACAAAUUUAUGGAGAUAAGGCUAUCAGUGGCUACUAGCCAUGAUGGCUAUGCUCUGCCUCCAUGGUGAUACUUCUGUAUACAGUGGUACCCCAGGUUACAUACGCUUCAGGUUACAUACGCUUCAGGUUACAGACUCCGCUAACCCAGAAAUAGUGCUUCAGGUUAAGAACUUUGCUUCAGGAUGAGAACAGAAAUCGUGCUCCAGCGGUGCAGCGGCAGCAGGAGGCCCCAUUAGCUAAAGUGGUGCUUCAGGUUAAGAACAGUUUCAGGUUAAAUACAGACCUCCGGAACGAAUUAUGUACUUAGCCCGAGGUACCACUGUACCAGUUUCUGGAAACUGCAGGAAGGGAGAGUGCUUUUGUUCUCAGGUCCUACUUGUGGGUUUCCCACAGGCAUCUGGUUCUCUACUGUGAGAACAGGAUGCUGAACUACAUGGGUUAUUGGCCUGAUCCAGCAGCUCUUCUUAUGAGGGCUCACAAAUUUAAUAUGGCAAAUAAGAUUGACGGGAGUCUGCAUGCUUACUAUGAAAGUUAACUCCAUCAAUAUAAAUACAGUGGUACCUCGGGUUAAGUACUUAAUUCGUUCCGGAGGUCCGUUCUUAACCUGAAACUGUUCUUAACCUGAAGCACCACUUUAGCUAAUGGGGCCUCCUGCUGCCGCCGCACUGCCGGAGCACGAUUUCUGUUCUCAUCCUGAAGCAAAGUUCUUCACCCGAGGUACUAUUUCUGGUUUAGCAGAGUCUGUAACCUGAAGCGUAUGUAACCUGAAGCGUAUGUAACCCGAGGUACCACUGUAUAAAUUACUUCAGAAGGCAUACAGUAUAUUUAGGAUGGGAACAGUAAUGUGAAGCAUGAUGCCAUUUUCCCAUUAGAACCUUAACAUAUGAGACAAAGUGUUGAGGAUGUCCAGGGUACAUUUUAGGUCAGAGAGAGAUAAGACAGUCCUACUUUUAGAAGCAAAAACUUACUGGUUUCCAGUACUGUCUGUCAAUGUACGUAAUACAUUGACUGUGAAGGGACAGGUCUUGUUACACCACCUGGUCCAGUCAGUUUGUGUAUUGACUGGAAAGGGUCAGAGAGGUGGCUGUGCCAUCUGGCACUAUUGCUUAUGUCUCCUGAUAGAUUCCCAGUGUACACUAUGUUAUAGGACUGUUUUAUAGGUAGUUAAGGUGUACUUGCCUGUAUUGGAUUUAAAGUGCAAAGAGGUUUGAAAGAAGACAGACUUGGAUUUGUAUGUGUUUGCCUAGAUGUCCAGAAUUCUGUGCCUAGAAAAUUACUGCAUUCUGCAAGAUGAAUUAAGGCAAAUUAUAUAUUUUCUGUCUGUGCACUUAAAAUUCAGGUUUUGAAGUCACAUUGAAUUAUCUGGGCAAGAAUAGUAUGGGCAUAGAGAACAGGGUUAGACUGACAGCAGGUGUGGUCUGUGAGUCACAGCGCAUUAGUUCUGGGAGGCAUAAUAGAUGGCCUCUCCCCCAGGCUUGGAAAUAGCCACCUGCCUAGGGUGGAUCAUUAUUGCUUCCAGGCAAUCCAAGAGGAUGGUCUUGCAGAGUGGAAGCAGAUUCCUCCUCAAUUUUUCAAGGAGAAAACGAAUAAGUAGCAUAACUUAUUUGCUGAAAUAUGUGGGCUGAGGUAACAUAUGUACAUUUAAUUGCAAGGCUUUCUUUCAGUUUAUGUUGCUACUGCCCAGCCUGCAUGCAUCCAGACUUUUCUUCUUAGCUGUGAUAGCUAGGAACUUGUUCUUUAAAAAUUACAACCCAAAAGUAGCCUCUGGUGUUCUCAAGGUGCCAUGCAGGACAACAUUUUUAUUCACUGGAUAUAAAUUUCCUUAUAUUAAAUGGAGUUUUAUGUUUCUUCUAGUUUGUAGAAAGCGAUGAUGAUGAAGAGCUUUUGUUUAAUAUUCCGUAAGUACCUAUUUCGCAUGAGUGCAUGAUUUAUUGACAUUCACGUCUCUCCAUGUUCAGUGCUGUUUUUUCCUCACUCUUGAAAUGUAACUUGAAAUGCAGAGCAUUUGGGUGGCAGUCAAGCUGUAAGAGGUAAUUUUGGAAGAUGGCUACUAUAAUUUUAUUUUUGUUUCUACCUGAUUUUCAGGAAAGACUGACUCUCAAAGCAGGUUGCAAUUAAAAAUCCACAAAAAGAGUGAUGUGUUAGGGAUAUGUGAAGUGUUUAUGGCACUCUCCAGCAGCUGAUGCCAUAAUAGAAAUUUCAGAGGGGGGUGCAGAAGGAGCUGUGGGUAGACUGGGCGGCAGUAUGACUGGUGGUAAAGAUGGCAACCCACAGCAACAGUCUUUCCAAUGUUCUGAAGAGUCAUCAGACAAUGUUGAAGGUGUGACAUUUUUACAGCAAGAUUUUAAUCAUAUGAGUACAGAUUAUGUUACACUUUAGUACACCACCUAGGAAUCUUCUGGAUUGUUAAAAAAUGCUUUAAAUCUACUGUACUUGGAAAACCAGCAAUCUGUCUCUUGUUGCAGUUUUACCGGCAAUGUGAAACUAAAAGGGAUAAUUGUGAUGGGAGACAAUGAUGACACACACCCAUCAGAAAUGAGACUGUAAGUGGGGCUGAAGGGGAAAUAUUUUGUGGGGGAAUUGUUGUGCUGUGCAAAUGCCUAAUCCUACCAAGACAAUAACUGAGUGGUUAUUCUUAUUUUAUUUUUUUUUGCUUUAGCUCUUCUAUUAUUCUAGUCAAUACUGGCCAUUGUGUAACUUGCAGUAAACGGUUAAGUACAGUAAAUUUGAAAUUGCCCAUACCCAAAUUCUCUGCCCGAAGAACUGUCUUUCUUUACUCUCAUAACUUCCAGGUCAUCAUGUAGCAGUGACAUCAGAAGCUACAAUUGGCAGAAUUUGUCAAGAUCUGGCUUCUAUACUAACACGUGCUCCUCCCUUGCUUUCCUGCCACUGCUGAAUGGUCCCUGUGCCCCAGUCCUACGUAGGAGAAAGUAGGAGAGUGCCUCCCAUUCUUCAGCUCCUUCUUUCCUCAGGUGUCUGCUUUGUCCCAUUUCCUUCUAACCAUCUUGCCACUUGGCAAGCCUUCCUUCCACUCCCACCUCACCUUGGUAGCACAUAGUGUACUUAAGGUACUCUUCGCACCUUUGUCGCCUCUGAACAAAAUACAGGAUGCUAGUUCUUAGGUGGAGCCCAUAAAAAUAGGGCCAUACAAAUAAAAGCUUAUGAUAUGACCUGUGGGACCCCCUAGAAAUCAUACAUAGAUCCCUCACAUUCAUCAGGAAGAGUGCACAUUUUGACACUCCUGUGUGCAACUGUGAAGACUGAAACUGUAGAAUCAUGAGAGCCAUCUUUAGUGCUGCAGUGGAAUAUUGCUGCUUUGGCUGUGUGCUCUAGGCAAACUGGCAUUUGGCUUUGCUGUCAUGGCAUUUGCAGGUUGGUGCCCUUAGCAGUUGGGUGCAGGAGUUUCGCAGGUAGCUUGCUGUUCUGUCAUCUGUGGUGGUUUGAGGGCAGAGUCGCAAAGGAACAGGGAGCUGGUGAAUUGGGGAUGUGACUGAAGAUUCUUUAAUUGCUAACUUUUAUUAAAUCAAUAUUUCCCCUAGGUAGCAAUGUUGGGACUACUGAUCUACCAGCCCAGUUACUCAGAGAUCCAUGAGUUGUAGUUCCUUUCUUUUUCAACAGGAGGAGCAGUUUCCUUUUCUAAGUAGUACAUUAGGGCAGUACUGUAGUCUUCCAACUACUAUUUCAGACCUGGGACUCACCUUCAACUCAAGUAUGCAUUUGGGGACGUAUCUCUUAAUUUUUUUUACUACAUACAGGUAACUCACAUCUAUGCUUAUUUUAAUUACACUAUCAUAGCUUUGUGUGAGUGGGUAAGGGAAAUGAUUAAGUAAAUGGAGAGUGGAGGAAACCCACUCUCCAUUUAUUUAUUCCCCUCACCUGUGCAAAGCUGCAAUUGCGGGCUUACCAUGCUUUGGGUAAGCAGUGCAAGGGCCCUGGAAGCAUCCCAGAGCCCUUGAACCACAUUCCCAGAGCCAGAUAAGUGAGGCACUGGGCUUUGGGAAUGAGGCAUAAGGGCUCUGGCAGGGCCCUAGAGUCCUCCCACCUCCUUCCCAAAGGUGGGCAAGUAGCGCUGGACCUUGCAGGGGGGCUGACUCUGGGGGUUCAUGACUUAAUUUAUCUUUGUGUAUACGCAUGGACCCCUGGAACCUAGCCUUUUAUAAGAUGAAAGUUACCUGUACUUUCAGGGUAGUAUUUCGGCUGUUGUGACCUACCUUAGAUCAAUCUGUGACCCAGCAGUGGAUCCCAACCCACCAGUGGAGGACCAGUGGAAUGGAGCAGGGUAACCAUUGUAGUGCCCUCCAGAUGUUGGCAAACUACAGUUUCCAUCAUACCUGAUUUUUGGCCAUGCUGGUUGUGGCUAAUGGGAGUUGUAGCUCAAAAACAUAUGCAGCUCCAAAACACAAUAUUGGGCUGCCUUUGCAAUAGAUAGACUUAGAGCAUGUCAAUCAGUCAAUCUUUGUUACGGUCCAGAGACCCAACAAAUCAUUACAAAUCAAUACACAAUUCAUACUUAGAGCAUGUCUUAAGCCAGCCUUCUCCAACCUGGUUCCUUCCUGGUGGUGGUGGGUUACAGAUCUUGCCCCCCUGACCUUUGGCCGUGGUGCAUGGGAAUGAUGGCCAUAGCAGUCCCAAACAGUUGGAGGGCACCAGGAUGUGAAAAAUAACUUGUUUUUGUCUUCUGAUUUCUCCAUUUGUGUGGUGCUUCUAGCAGCUGGGCUAUGUUUCGCAGUACAAAGCCAAAUUACUACAGUGGUUGGGAUAUGUAAGCAAACUUUGAAUUUGUGCAGGAUGACCUUUGCUGUUGUCUUGUAUUUAUUUCAGCUUUAAGAACAUUCCUCACAUGUCUUUUGGUGAUACUGCCAGAGAACCAGAUCAGAUGUUCAGCCUGAAUCGUGACGUUACUGGAGAACUGGAAUAUCCUACAAAGUGAGUCAUUGCUCAGCUCUCACAGGGGAUGUGCAGAACUCCCUUGUUUUGAAACUGGAAACAAAUAUUCAACCUGUGCCUCAGCACCAUCUCUCUGAUAGUUCUCCAUGUACCAGAUGUCACAACCUUCUCUUUUGAACUAUAAUUUGUCGUGUUCUUGAGCAUAAGGAGCCAUGGCAGUUAAAUUGGUUAAUAUUUCUACAGUACAGACAUGUUUGGUGUAAGAAACGGAACAUAAAGAGAAGGGCAACUGUCUUAUUUCCAGACUGAUUCUUAAUUAUAUUUUAUUUUCUGGUAUAGCUCACAAACAGCAUUUUUGCCACUGCUGUUUUAUGUGGUAUGGUGCUUAAUUGCUGCUCCUGAAGCGCAUGUGUUGGGUGGGAACUAAGCACCAUAGCUGGAUACAUGCAAAUUAAUAAAGAAGACAAAGAAGGGAAGUUAACUUGAUACCUAGACUGUAGAGAAGCUUUUUCCUUACCCAGCUUCUUCUUGAGCUUUUUUCUGCAAUUGAGGUUUAGAGAGUCUUUUGUGGCUGGAGAAGACUUGAAAUGUAGCAAAAGCUAUCCAUCAUGGGGUUUUGGCCUCCUGUUUGUGUGACACCCAUUAACUGCCAUCAUUUGCUCCCAUUUCCUUUUGUGAUAUUAUAAUUAGUUAUUAUUGAUGUGAUGUUUUGUCAUUACAACAGAACAAAGGUGAUAUGUACCAUUUUCUGGAAUAAAAAAACACAGGAAAUUUAAGGGUGUGGAAAGUUGCAGCCCUGGUUUUGAAGUAAUUCAAUUUCUGAAUUAACUUCCCAAGGUGACAUGAUCCCCCAUGUGCCCCAGAAGAGGAAAGGCAGGAAGAAGAAUGUAGUAGGUUGGUUGUAUUGCUGAACAGACAAAACUGGAAUUUCAGAGAGUUAGAAGCCCUCUAAAUGGGGGGGGGGGUACUAUAAGGCAUAAAUAGGCACAACGGUCUCUAAAUGUGAUCAGUAGUGUAGUCACUGAAAAAUCCCAAAAAUCAAGAAGUGAAUUGAGUGGCUUUAAGGGGCAGCAUCUGAUAGAGGAGUAUUUCAGUAAGGGAUCAGGCAUUGGUAGGUCUCUCCCAGAAAAGAAAGAUAGCACCAGUGACAAGUGUGCCCUGAUUGGUUUGCUGAAACAGCCAAAAAUGCUCUUAACUGCUGCUGCAAUCCAGGAAGUUAAGGUGAUCCCUUUCUCCCUUCAGGCUUUGUCAGUUCCUGAGCUUGUGUCUCGGUCUGGAGUUGGUAGAGACAGUGACCCCCAAAACUGUUUUUCUAUCCCUAUGUGAUUAUUAUUACCCCUGAGACCAGAAUGCAAUCUCUUGCGUGUCUGUAAUGAGAAUUGUAUAUUCAGAACACCAAAUUUCUGUUUUGUUUCAGAAUUGCUCGCUUCUCAAAUGUUUAUCAUCUGUCCAUCCACAUCUCCAAGAAUUUUGGUGCUGAGACAACGAAGAUCUUUUACAUAGGCCUGAGGGGAGAAUGGACAGAGGUAAGGGGCCAAGAUGACAAUUGAAAAAAAUGUGCAGUUAUGAGGAAAGAGGGCCAUGCAGAGCUUCUUAAAUUUGUAUAAAUUAUCAAUAGAGAUAGAAAAACAAGACAGCCCUAGCCCACGUGCUUCUAGAUCAGUACACAAUAAAAAAGGAAAAAGAGAUGUGGGGUGGGGGGGCAGGGAAGGGAAGGGAAGGGAAGCAAAGAUAGAUCUUGUGCCAGCAGGAAGGCCACCAAGGAUACUGUUACUUAUUUAUAAAAUUUCUAUACCGUCCUUCAUCACUGGAGAGUUUAUAAUAGCAGGAGACAAGUCAAAUUACAUACAAUUCUGUAUGUAAUUCUGUCUGGGCAGAGGCUCCAGGGUGGGUGCAAAAUCAAUGUGACAACCUUGGAUGUUGUAUAUUUAAAUGACUCCUAGCUGUCGUCUACUGUUGUUAGUGGCUAGUGGAAAAGAGCAUGUGAAAGUCUGUGCUUAAGGUACAUCCAUAGUAAAACAUUAACAAAGUUUAAAUGCAACUAUUGCAUUCUAGUAGGUGCCCACCCCUUAUGGUUCUUAGUGCUAUUUGCUGUGGUAAUGAUGAGGAGUAUGACGUAUACCCAAGCCAUGCAGAUGAGUCCACAAAAGCUGCUAUCCCGUUGAGCUUGCUUGACUUCCUGAAGGUUACUUGUUACUUUUAGCACGUUGUAUAAGGGAGCCACCCUUCUGUUAAAAAAAAAAGCAGCUUUCCUGCCUUGUCACAUCUUGAUGCAUCUUAUGUCUCACAGAUGACUCAGUGAGUGGCUGUUUGCAGACAUGCCACUUUUAUAUACCUGCCACUUGAUUGCUACAAAUCUGGCCCCAGGCUCUCUGUGCAGAAUGUGUUUCAGUUAUGUGGAAGAUCUCUCCUAGGAUCUAAAGCAGAGAUUCCUUAGAUGGGCAGCCUGUCUUCAAUCCCACCUGCUGCUCCAAAUUGGGGUAUGAUUGUAAACAAAGCAGUUAUAGCUGUUUUGCUGGUUUUCCCUAGUGCAGAGCUCUGCCAGGUUAAAGCAGCCGCUGACUUGUCUUGACAAUCCUGCCAUUUUUCACUGCACACAGCAUACCUGAGUGAUAAGGCAUGCUAGACUUUUAGGGGACAAGACAUGAAAAGAGACAUCACUGCAUCCCCAAUGAGGUAGAUUAGCAUCAUCUUAAAACUCAUCAAAGCAUGCACAGGUUACUCAAGGAAUCUUUGCGUAGUGAGUAUUCUAGGGAAAAUGUAUGGUGGAAGAGAAGGUCCUGCUAAAUGGAAAUGGUAUCAAAGGACUGCUCUGGCUUUCACCAAUUCUCAACUUUACUGUGCUGCAUCUUAGGAAGUCUUUUGUCUUUCCUGUACAGCCUCAUCGACAUGAAGUGACCAUCUGCAACUACGAAGCAGCAGCAAACCCAGCUGACCACAAAAUUGAUCAGUUCACACCGGAGACGUACUUCAUUUCCUAAGUGGUUUGUGCACCACCAGACUGCUGUGGAGGCUUCGAAGACUGUCAAACACUUGAGGCUAUAAGGAGCAUUGUAGCGUUCAUUCUUUUGUGGGUGUGGGUGUGGCUGCUUUGGUAAAGCAGGGCACUAAAUGCUGGCAAUUAGGUACCAAUUAUUAUACCAUUGCUAAGGACAAUCAUGGCUUGAGAUCUUACAAAUAUUGAAGGAGUAGGUUUUGGAAAUAUUGGCCUUUGCCUGCCUGUAACAUGGUUGUCUCAACUAUGUUGUAUCUGUCAGGGCAGAAGUUGGUUUUUUUCAGUCAGUGAUCUUCCUGUUCAGUUGCUGCUUCUGCUGGCAAUACAUAAAGGUGUGAGGCUGGUGGGAGACUUGGUCUGGGAGUGUUGUACCAUCAGAGAUUCUGUUCUGCCUCUUGAAUGUACUUUAUACAGGGGGAUAAGUUAUUGGUGUUCUAGAUGAGCUCUUGGCUAAUUUCAAAAGUUAAUGUGACUUGUACAUGGCAGUAUUCAUUUGGUUGUGCUCCAGACAGUGCACCAAAGUACUGCAUGCUUCUCCAUGAAUAUCAUCCGGUAAGCUGCUUGCCAAAAUGCAACAGUUUCAACUGUGCAUUUAAAACCUGAAGAGGGAUGUCUCUCUCCUGGGCUUAACUUUCUAACCAAUGUGGCUUAAUUUUUUCUAAUAAACAUGGCAAAGAACAUGUAUGUCCCUUGCUUAUAUCAUUUUUUUUUAACCCUCCAAGCAGGAAAUCUGCCCUUAGUGCCUGACACAAUUGACUGGUACAAAAUAAAUGUGGAGGAGUACAAAGAGCACAAGAAGAGCCCUGCUGGAUCAGAUUAAAGGCCUAGCUAGUCCAGUUUUUGGUUCUCACAGUGGCCAACCAGAUGCCUCUCGGAAGUCCACAAGCAGGGCAAGGGGGAAAUAAAAUAGUAGGGAAGGGUUGAGAUUUAUGGACUGCUGUCAGCAUUAGUUUUGUUGACAACAGUAGAUUUUUAAAAAAUCUUUCCCCCCUGCAAUGCAGGAAUCUCAGCUAAAGCAUCCAUGACAGAUGGCCAUCCAACCUCUGCUUAAAAACCUCCCUAUUAUCAAAACAUUUAUAUUCCACCUUUCUUUCAAGGAGCUCGAGGUGGUGUAUGUGGUUUUCCCUCUCUCCAGUAGGCUAGGCCAAGAGAAAAUGUUUAGUUCAAGAUCAGUGAUCUUCAUGGAUGAUUGGGAAUUUGAACCCUGAUCUCCUUAGUCUUCCUAAUCCAACCUGCUAGUAGCCAGUUCUUAACUAAGGCUCAGCCUUAAACCCUUAUAAAAGAUUAUUCCCCAUUGAACAGCAGGACUAAAGAGCACGGUCCUGUGCAUCUUUCCUGGCAAAUGUCACUUUACAUGUGCCAAAGUAAUAAACCCUUUGUUGCUGCUGGGUAUAAACAACAGCCAAUCCAGCUUCCUGUACAUUUUCAAAAUACGUGUGCAUUCAGUGUCCACUUUAUAGGCUAAAGAUGUCAGCCCUUUUCCUAUUACACCUUAACAUUUGAUGAAGGGAGGGAAGAGGAAUAUUUGUUUCAUUGGUAGUGGUGGUUGUGAGCAAGUCCAUUUGUUGGCAUCCAUCUCAAGACAAUGGAAUGUGCCUCUGGGAGUAAAGUCAGACCAUGGGAUGCAGUGUGUAUGAAGGUCCCGGGAUGCCAAGACAACAAGAACUCCCUUUUGGUCUCACUGAUGUGGUCCAACGGAAAGCAGAGCAGUACGUUUGGCACCAGCUUGGCUGCAGGAGAUGCUGGAAGGGAAGGAAGUGUACAAGGCACUAUCCAGCCUCCUUAGGGACUCCACUCUGGAUUUGUGUAGGGUUUACUCCUUAGCCUUUUCUUCUCCCGAAGAUAUACCGCAAGGUAGCGGAGGUUUAGGAUCAGUGUUUUCCUUCUAGAUGGGCUACCUUCCCAGGUUAAUGAACCCCAUCUACCCAUCACUUCCCUCUACUGCGCAUGUAGAAACUGCCUUAUUGUCCAUUGGACCCACUUUUGGCCUCAUCCGCUCAAUCCACUGGAGCCUGUCUUCACAUGCAGAGGAAGUCCCUAACUCAACAAGGGUUUGAGACCCAUGGGCUACCCUCACCUGGUUUAGCCAGCCAGUGGAAGCUGUUCCCAGGGUGUGGCCACUGUCGCAUGCUGACAGCUUCUAGCAGCUAUGAGAGCUAAGUGCAGGGUGAGGACCAAAGGUGGACAAACUACCCCAGAGAGAACACAUGUCCCCCACCUGAGGCACUACCCCUCCCUAAAAUCCCAUACUGAUUAACACCCACCACCACCAAUUAGCUUUUUUCAUCUCAGCACAUAGAUGAAAAUAAGUACGGUAAUCUUGUUACUGUUGAACAAUUGUGUCAGAAGUCCUUGCUGAUUCCCCAUCCCCUCUCCUCUUCUUCCUAAUUAUUUAAACCAAUUCAUAAACCAAGAACUUAUACACUGACCACUAAUAAUGAAACAUGUUGUAAAUAUUUUUCCACAUUAUGCUAUUUUUGUGAUCUACAAAUGACAUGAGAAAACUUGGUAUACUUGUUUGUAUAACAUUAUUCUUGUUUAUAAAACCCAAUUAAAAGAAGAAUUGCCGAUCUACGGUUGUACCAGCAAAUCUUAAUCUAUCUUUCGCGGGCAUACCCAUUGCUAAUAGGUGUGGGAUGUUAAAUUCACAGGAAGGGAUCGCCCUCUAACCUGGUAUGCUCAGUAUGGUUACCUGGUCAGACUUUCAAAAUCAAGUCAGGCAAAAUUUAUCCUGCUAACUCGAUACAGUUAGCAGGCACGUGCUACCAUUAAGUACAGUAUGUGUGACGUUAUUAUGACUAACGGCUGAUACCAAGAGCGCAAAAAUAAUUAGCAACGCCAACGCUGCUGUUCACCAUAAUAAUUAUGAAUUGGCCAUGGCAUCAAAUGCUAUAAUCCCCAAUACCAAGACCCACACAAAAAAGCUGCUAUUUCAAAUACAGUGGUACCUCGGGUUAAGUACUUAAUUCAUUCCGGAGGUCCGUUCUUAACCUGAAACUGUUCUUAACCUGAAGCACCACUUUGGCUAAUGGGGCCUCCUGCUGCUGCCGCGCCGCCGGAGCACAAUUUCUGUUCUCAUCCUGAAGCAAAGUUCUUAACCCGAGGUACUAUUUCUGGGUUAGCAUAGUCUGUAACCUGAAGCGUAUGUAACCCGAGGUACCACUGUAAUAACAGCAAAAAGCCAUAUGAAAAUCCUGAGCCAUUUAAUUUAUGACACCGGCACCAAGAACCCCGCGGGUCGUUAAUUCCGCCAACCAAGAUGGCUGCGCCCCUCGAGGCUCCUCUUCCGGACUCCGUUCUUUCCAGCGGGAUAGAGCGGCGCGCGACACUUCCGGCGGGGCCGAAGCUAGGGCGGACCCGCCCACCUCGCGCGCGCUGGCGGCGGCGGCGGAAGUUCCGGAGCCGUCUGGUGAGCUCGAGAACUGACUGAAUCCUCUUCAGUUGGAAGCCGGGUAGAAAGAGACAAGAGGAAGGAGGUGAGGGGGGAGGGGAGCAAUUAGAAUCGGGACCGUUCUCGAGGGGAGGGUCUCUUCGCGGAGGGGGGCUUCUGUAUGGGGAGAGAGAGGAGGAGGGUGGGCCGGUCUCUGCGUGAGCGGCGGGCUGUUGGUAGAAGGGGGGGGGCACGCGAAGGGGCCCAGGUCGGUGAGGUAAAGGGUUGGGGGAGGGCGCGGGUGGGAGCGGAGGGGGCGUGGGCUGGAGGGAGGCAGAGGGUGAGGCGGGCUGCAGGGAGGGUGUGGCCAGGAGGUGACACUCGCGAGGAGGGAAAGGAAGCUGAGAAAGUGGAAGAGGGUUUGAGGUGCUGGAUUUUUUUGGGGGGGUGGUGUCCAGGGGUUACAGGUGGGAAGAGGUCAGUGAUGGAGGGUUAGGAGCACAAGGAGGUGCUAGCAUGGACCAGAUACAGUACAAUGGAAGAGAUGAGAGAAAAAUAUGCACCUGCCAGGACUCCCUGUCAUUCUGAGAGUUUGUGUGUGUGUGUGUGUGUGUGUGUGUGUGUGUGUUUUUAAAGGUGUCCUGGCAGGUGCAUAUUUUUUCUCAUCUCUUCCCAGUUUACAUUUACAUUUGCCUUUGAUGUACAGGAGCUGCCCACCUUUCUCUUCCUUGGCAUGGGCUUAUCCUAAGAGGACAGGGGAUGAGGAGGGGGAAUGAGUGUGGGCAGGAAGAUGCAAGCGGUCGUGGGUAGAAUGUGUGUGUGCAGAUGAAUGGGGGGGGGGAAUCUGGGUGGGACGCUUUCUGAAAGGAUAAGAACCAAAGCUGUGCCAAAUCAUAGGAGAGAAGUUAAUUGCAUGCUGCAGUAUCUCAUGCAAACUGUAUUUUUAUUGUGAGCAGUGACCUGAGUACCUUUAACUGCUUACAACCUUUGCAUAUAUUGUAGGUACCCUUGCAAAUAAUAGCUGAUAUGCACUCAGUUUCUAUCUUCUACCUUAUUCCUAGAACAAAGGUGGACAACACAUUCAUUAUUAAAAGCAUAUAUUGUCUUUUUUCCAUUGUAUAAUAAUGUCCAAAGUGGAUUGCAAGUAUCAUAAUAAAACAGUAUGAAAUAAUAAUAAACUAAGCAGCAUAAAAACGUAACUUUGAUAACUAAAAGAAUAUGAUUCACCUGAACUCAAAGGCUUGUUGAAACAAAAUAGCCUUUACUACAAUGUUGUAUUGUGUAAUAACUGUAGAUUACAUUGGAACUUUUGCCAUCACACAUCAAUAGAAAAUGGGUGUCUCUCAUGGACUGGGUUCUUUAAUAUUUAAAGUGGGAGAGACACACACAUACAUUUGUUAGGAAGAAAUAAUAACUUUGUUAGUUGUAAGUUGACCACAAGUUUGAAUGCCUUAAACCUUAGUUAACCUACAGACUGAUCUAACCAUGUUUCCUUGGCAUUCCAAGAUUGCCUAAGAUUGCAGUCAGCAUGCCAGAAGUUAUAAUUUGACUUAUACAAAAACUCAGUUUGUGAAAAACACAUCGAGUGAUUUGUAAGUUAAUUGAUUCAGCAAGGCCAGAAUUUCCAGAGCAAGUUAUAAUGGAAUCAAGCUGAUGAGUUGUGGUUUUGGCUGAAGAUGCACAGCACAGUGUUCUUCAUUACAGUACACACAAGUCACAUUGCUAGAUCUGACUAGGAGCCCACUACUUAUGCUGUCUUCAGCCAACUAAAUGCCUCAAGAUAGAGCAUGAAAGCAAGAACCUUAGCCUUUUGCCUUUCCAAUUAUCUGAUGCUCAGUUAUACUCUCUUUAAACAUGGAGGCUUUGCUGAACUUUUGUGGCUAAAAGUUUCUGUUAAUCUUGUCCUUCCAUGCGUUUGUCUGAUCCUUUUUAAAUACCAUCUCAGUUGGCCAUCAAUCACUACUUCUGGCAGUAGCAAAUCCUAUCAGUUUAUUUCAUGUUGUGUAAAGUACUCAGGUCCAUUUGCAAAGGUUGAAAGCACCACAGCAAUAAAUAGAAUGUGUGGGAAAGGUUUGAAGGGAAGAAGAUUUAUUCUUAGUACAUAUAGUCCCUUUCCCCAUACAUCUCAGGCAUGUAAAAUGCUCCAUAUUGUAGCAUGGAGGUUUGAUAAACCAUUUCCAGCUUGUUGGGCUAUGUGUCCUAUAAGAAAUGAAGUAUCUUUUUUUACUAUAGCAUAGGAAUUGAUAUCAGGCAAAGAACAACAUAUUUGUGUGAAAUAGUUCUUAAAGAGUUGGCUUCUCUUUCCAAGCAACCAUCUACUUAUGGCAUCCUGUUCAGGAGGCACUAGGGAGAGACUUCUUUGAACCAGUAAACAACAAUUACAAGUAGUUGUUAGGUCUUUUAGGUCUUCUAGAAAAAAUUCCAGAAGCAGUGUCAUAACACCUUUAUUAGGGCCACCUCAAACACUACCAAGUAGUGAGCAACCUUUCAAAUUGUUUGAAACUCACUCUUUUGUAGCGUUUUAGUUGGUCCUAAUAAAAGUUUUAUGCUACUGUUGCUUUUGGACUCACUCAUGUCAUGUAUUUUGGGAGCAUGUUGGGACUGAUUUUGUUAGCAAUGUACUUAGCUCUGAGAGUGCUGUUAUUACUGAACAAGCAUUAUUAUUAAUAUUGCAUGACUUCUCUUUGUUACUAGAGAAUGAGCAGAGAACACAAAUGAAAUUCCAUUUGCCAUUUGAAUAGCUUGUUUCUCUUGCCCCAUCACUCAGAUAUGGACAAGGAAUGUUCAUUUUCCCCAGUCCAUUUUCCUAAAGAAGUGCUGGUCAUAAGAGCAUAGAAUUGCCUUGCAGAAAGUCUCUUUAGUCUGGCUUUCUUUUCCAGCUGUGGCUAGCCAGAUGCCUCUAAAUGAAAAUCAUGAGCAGGGUAUGAUGAGAGCCACCCCCUGUUGUUUGUCCACAGCAGCUGAUAUUCUGUAGUAUGCUACCUCUGAACAUGGAUAUUCCAACUGUUCCAGGGUUAUUGGCCAGUAGAUUUAUCCUCCUGAGAAUUUGUUUAAACACUUAAAAAAAACCCUUCAAAAUUAGUGGUCAGUAUUUGGUAGUGCACUUUGUAAAUUUAAGAGUUGCAUGCCCAACGUAAUCCUCUCCUAUAUCCUGAGCUUGCUGCUGCUUGACUUCAUUGGGAUCCUAAGUUCUGAUAAUAUUCUGUUUCCCUUUACUCUGUCUUUUUCUACAAUAUCCCUUUUGAGGCAGAGCAACUGGUAACCUAGUAUUCUAAUAGUAGGUGCACCACAGUUUUCUAUAUAUGUAAUGGCUGUUUUAUUUUCGGUCUCUUUCCUUGGGAUUCUUCCAUCCUGUCUGAAAAUUGCUUUAUCUUCUACUGCUACCUCAUUGUUUCCUACAUACAGCUCCAUAUAAUUUGUGAAUAGGUGAAAUAACACCAUUCUCAAUUCAGAACUGAGGGAGUUUAGUUUGCUUCCCACCAUUGUGAAAACUGACAAUUUAUUUCUAAUGUCUGUUUCCUGUUUUUUAACCAGAAUGCUAAGGGUUUUUUUCUUAGCAGCCCUUGAUAAAAAGUUUUGUCAAAAGCUUUUGAGCUGUUCUUGUAUUCUUGAAUUUUCUGAAAUCUUUUGACAAAAUUAUAUGUCUGGCAGGUCUCAUGUUUAAUGCUCAAGGAAUUUUCAAAAAAUGGCUAGAACUAUCCUUGAAAAAGCUGUGCUGAAUCUUCCUCAGGAUACUAAUUCCUCAGCUGAUUCUUCCUCUCUAUAUGUUUAACAAUUCUAGCCCUUAAUAAGGUUUUCUGUCAGUAGCAGAGACAGCAGUUAGCCUAAUUAAUCUGUAGUUUACUGGAUCCCUUUAAAAAAUGGUGUUACGCUGGCUGUGUUCCAAUAAGGAAGCUGAUUUCCAUGAUGCUGUAAGUGGUGAGUUCUCUUAAAUUCAAGCAAAAUUGUCAUUGUUCUUGAAAACUACCUAGCUCAUUCUGGUUUAGCAUGGUUUAGCAUGAGGUUCUGUAAAAUGUUUUCCCCUCUCCUCAGUCCUUAUAUAUGACAGACUUUCACAUCUGUUCCUCAACUAGGAAUGAAUGGGCCCUGCAUGCAGGUAUGUUUUCCUUUUUUUAAAAAAAGGAGGCAAGCCUAAGUACUGUAUUGUGUAAAAUGGGGGCGGGGGUAAUUAGAUUACAGUACCAGUGUUAAUUUCAAGAUGAGUACCUUGUAUAGAGGUGAAAAUGUAUGCAAGGUACUAAGAUUCCAGUGUCUGAUUUUAAUUUUUUAAUGCACAGAUGACCAGAUUUUCUAUCUGACACAUUUCUUUCACACUCCUUCAUAUAAAUAAGGCCAUGGUAUGCAUUUGGGGGAGGAAGGGAUUAUGAUUUCUUAACAGUUAGGGAUUGUAUUUCUCAUGGCUUUUUUCACAUGAGCCAGGGUGCCUUGAAUGAGGGAAUCCUGCUAUUUUCUGCACCAACCUUUUCAACAACUUGUGCUCAUAGAUCAUAUAAACUAGCGAUAGGAAAUCUGUGACACUCUAGGUGUUACUGGACUUCAAAUCCCAACAUACCUGAUCUUUGGCACACUGGCUGGAGUUGAUGUAAGUUGGAGUUAAACAACCUAUGCUAUGUGCAUAGCAAUUUAAAUAUUUUGGUCACCGCCCAACAUAGAAUUAGGCACCUUUAAGUUCUUUGCUUUUUGGUGGAUUUAUGUACACAUGGCCCUUGCACAGGUUUGUGGCCCUGAUCUUUGCCUUUAUGGAAUUCUAAGCUUGAAUACUGUACUGUCUAGUCACUUUUUUUCGUAGGCUUUAAAAUGAUGGUGUGGAAUAAACAAGCUUGGUAUGUCCUCAUCUCACUCAAUUUGUGGGCAGGUUACAGGACUUCCGGGGAGAGGAAUGGCGGUUUGGCUGCCUCUCUGUUAACUCCUGCUUACAGAAGAUAAUUACGGUAUGUAGUGAUUGAUAAUAGACAGAUAGUCUGACUAUUAAUCAUUAUGCAGAUAAGGGUGAUCUGGGAGUUGACCUCAAAUGCUUUGAUCGAGACUGUUUUUAUAUGCCUGGUGGCUUGGACGGGAGUUAUAACGAGCUGGGAAACUGACGAGUUGCCAUCGUGCCCAAACUCCACGUAAUCAAUUUUCACAGGUAAGAAAGACCCACAUCCUCUCUUUUUAAAACACUUCUGGGACAAGGAAAACUGUAACAAAAAUUCCCUCCAUCAGCUGGUGAAAAUCUACAAUCUGAAAAUCUGUAAGUAACACCUUUCGUCAUUAAGGAAAACAGAAAGGAAAAUGGAUUGUUGUCUAAGGCAGAGUGUCUACGGCAGAGCAAAAUUCCAGAUUUAUGGUUGACAAUAAUGAUUAAAUGGACAAGGGGAACCUCUGUGUGAAAAAUCUUUAACCCUUUUUCUCUUUUCCUGCCACUAAACAACUGAAAAAACUGAAAGUAAAGUGGCCGUUGCCAGCUGUGGGUUAGAAGUUAAUAUGAGAUAAGACACGUUGCAGCUGUGAUUUUAAGGUGGAAAUAUUAAGCUAGACUGAGUUGCUAAUAAUAUCCAGAACAUCAAAAACGUCCAUUAUGGUAAAGGCACUUUUGGAUCUUCCAGUGACUGUUGGUGUAGUUCAACAGUUGAUGACUGAAUAGUUUCAAAUGAUCGGAUCAGAGAUUAAUGGAGAAAAUGGAGAAGGGGAAUACUCAGAGGCUUCAGACUAAAUUGAUGAAAAGUUUAGAGGACUGGAUCAUGAAAUAGUUAAGCAGAUGGUGAUGCUGAAGUGGAAAUGACUUCCAUGCCUUGAUUUGGAUGAGAAGGAGAAAAUAAAAGUGAGGUUAUAGGGAACCCGACAGAGGGCCUUCUCGGUAGUGGCGCCCGCCCUGUGGAACGCCCUCCCUUCAGAUGUGAAGGAAAUAAGCGGCUAUCUUAAGUUUUUACUAUUUAAUGCUGUAUUGUUUUUAACACUUGAUUGGAAGCCGCCCAAAGUGGCUGGGGAAAAUCAGCCAGAUGGGCGAGGUAUAAAUUAUUAUUAUUAUUAUUAUUAUUAUUAUUAUUGAAAAUUAUCUGGAUAUGGUAUUGAUGAAGUUGAGGGGUGAAAAAACUUUGAGAAAACUUCAGUCCUAGCCUUGCUUCAGUUCUAGUAGAGAGACAGUAUUCUGCAUACAAUCUGAAGUGAAUUAAGAAAAUGAUGCUGCUAAAGUUAUGGUAUUCUCUGUGGAAAAAGACUGGAAAGAAUGAAAAUGGACAUGGGCAGAAGAAUUUACUAUCACUCAAUAUGGAGUAAUGGUGGUGGGAAUUAAUGGAGGUAAUGGCAAAAGAAAAAAUAUGGUUGACAUUUAUCAAUAGCAAUAACAAUUAGAGAACCAAUCUUGGACUUUUCAUGAGAAAAAGAGGCACCUUGACAUAAAAGAAAUAUUGUUUAACAGAAAGUGGAGAAGAUGGAUGUUAGCGUGGACUGAAUAUUUGAAAUAAUCCUUUUUUCCUUUUUUAUGUAACCUGUGGGUGAAAAAUCAGAAGUUUUCUUUUUGUAUCUUUCUCUAAUGUUUCUUCUUUUGUCUCCCCCCGCCCUUCUUUCUUCUUAUUGUUCCUUUCUCUUUUUGUUUCUCUCUUUUGUUUUUCUUCUUUCUUUGGAGUCUUAUGUCUCGUGCCUUUAUUAAGGUCCAGAGAUUGUAUACUUAUGGGAGUGGUAGAUGGUGGAUGGAGAACCCUGGGUGAGAGAUAGGGAAAUGUCGGUCUCCCAAGGUGCUUAUUUGUCCUCUGUGGGUGGUAAGGGCUAAGAGUCUAAUUACUUGAUUUGUAUUUUUUGUAGAAGCUAUUUUAUUGUAUUUUGUAAUAAUAAUAAUAAUUUCAUUCAAGGAAAAAAAUUGUGGGCAGGUUACUGUUCACGCAUUCAUGUGUGGAAUGCAGUGGAUCAGUCUGUGUCUGGACUCUUGGCAAAUGGCCUUAUCUGAACCAUUCAACUUGAUUGCACCAAUAGCUCAAUAUGGCAUUUUCAGUGGGGAGGUAAAAAGCUGAUGGACCUAUGAAAGAUCAGCUUCAUCCAGAUAAGAAAUAAGAUGCAGGAAAUACAGCAAUGUGAAGAAGACUUGGUUCCUAUGUAUUGUUGAUAUCUAGCUUGGUGAGGUUUCUCAGCACUUGAAUCAGGGUGUGAAUGAUUUGAGGGUCAUCUGGUCCACCUUUCUCUCUCAUCCUCCCUUCACAAAGAUAACUGUGGACCCCUCUGCAUACCGCCCCGUCCAGUCCACACCACACUGUGACAUAAUCAAAUAACAGUUGUUUGAUGAGGGGGGGAAACAAGCAGAGCCAGCUGCUUCAUGUUAUUCAAGCAACUGGUACCCUAUUGCAGUAGAGAUGGAAGACCGCUUGAGCUGGACCUCUAAAGAUUCUGUGCUUUAAUAGCCAAAAUCCUUCAAGUGGGAUACAUUUAUUGUUACUAUUAUUAUUAUUAUUAUUAUUAUUUAUUAAUUGAAUUUAUAUCCCUCCCAGGGUGGCAAACAGAUCUACAGUUUAAAAAACAAAACCCUUCUAAAACAGUUAAAACCUUCUAAGAGCAGUUACAGUUUAAGCAUUCUAAAAGUUACAGUUAAAACCAUUCAUUCAUUCCAGUGAUCUCAGGGUUGCCAAGAGCAGUGUUCAUGCCACCAAAUGCCUGGGUAAACAAGGAGUGUUUUAGUAUUCCUCCUGAAAAUUAAUAAUGAUGGAGACAGAUGUACCUCACUAGGGAGAGCAUUCCACAAACAGGGAACCACCACUAAAUAUGUCCUGCCAUGGGCCAGUGUCUGCUGAGCUGCCGUUGGGUGGGUGGGUGUGGGGGUUUGGUGUUGUUGAUGGGGAACAUCUCUGUUGUUUGUGUUAAUUUCAGGGAAGCAAGGGAUGGGCUCACAACAAAGACAAGGGAGCAUGGGCUAAGAAACUGGAGUGUGGCUGAUAAGUUCAGUAAUUAGUGAAUAAUAACUCUUGUCCUCACCUUUUGGAAUUCUCAUUCCCGCUUCCUUCCUAAUCUUUUUCGGGCAAGUUUCUUUGCAUAGCUACAGUCACAGGAGGCUAGAAACUUGGUGUUUAUUUUAAAUAGAAGAUCAGAUUCUGGAUUGUAUUCUUAGCCUCUGCUCUAAGCUUUUGUGGGUAACCGUAGCAUUCAACUUGCCGUUGCUUUUGGCUGUAACACUGAUGUGGGCUUUUAGGUGAUCUGGUGGCAAUUGAGUUAUACAGUGGUACCUCGGGUUAAGUACUUAAUUAGUUCCGGAGGUCCAUUCUUAACCUGAAACUGUUCAUAACCUGAAGCACCACUUUAGCUAAUGGGGCCUCCUGCUGCUGCUGCGCCGCUGGAGCAUGAUUUCUGUUCUCAUCCUGAAGCAAAGUUGUUAACUUGAAGCACUAUUUCUGGGUUAGCGGAGUCUGUAACCUGAAGUGUAUGUAACCUGAGGUACCACUGUAGUAUGAUGAUUUGCACUGCGUGAUUAGGUUAAUAAUAGGCUUCCAGAUGUGCUGGCAGUGUGGCAAUGGCUUGAUACCUUCCUGGCUUUUGUGGUCAUAGUUACACCCAAGUGGGCAGCCAUCGGGCAUAGCUCGUGUUUUUCAUGGUAUUGGCUGCAUCAGUACAUCUCCAAUAGCAGCCGAGGCAGCACAGACUCUUGAAUCUUUAUGCCCCUGCACUGUUAUCAGUGGUUAUAUAAAUAGCCUUGUCCUUUACUGGUGGCAUAGAAGUAACAAAAACUACUUUUAAACCUUCAGCUUUUUGGUUGCAGGAGGGGUUUGCUGGGAUGAGAAAUCCCAGGCUUAAUAUCAGGGUCUUUAUGCUGCAGUUUUGUAAAAGCCACUGACUCCCACUCUGUCCUUAAGCUGUGCCUCCCAAGGCCUUUGGCAGGAUGUUACAGGGAACCCUUAUCAAACCAUAUCACUGAAUAUAACAGAUAAGCAGCAUUUAAAAAACAAGUCACGGUUGCUUUGAAAACCCUCAGAGUUGGGAAAUACAGAGUGGGAGCUCAGCUACCAUGUGGUAGCCAAUUCUUAGCCUGUUCGAAAUGUGUUCACACACACAUAUACAUAUUAUUUUGUGCCUACGGUAUAUUCCUCUAGUUGCAUCCUGGUUUUGAAUUUUGCCUUUUAUGAAUGUAGCACUUCUUAUUCUUAUAUUUCUACAUUAAACGGGUUCAUACUUAAUUUGUGGGAAAGUACCUUGUGAUUAAAUACUAGGGGACAAACCCUCAUGGUUGUUUCAGUAUAGGAUAGGAUUUUGUUGACUAGAUAAUCUGUUACAGACCUCAACUCUAUAAUUCAUUGACGUGUGUCUACUAGAGGACAACUAUAAAAGGGUACAGAAAUGUUUUCAGAGGUAUUAAUAAUCUGAAUCCUCGCAUGUGUCCUUCAGAGGAAUGUUUGUAGGUCACAUUUCAGGCAGCUCUUUGUGUUUCACGUUUUAUAUUAAAUAAUGCUCUAAAGAAGAGAUCCAUGGCCUGAGAUAGGUUGGAGUUUAAAGUAUUCAAGGCUUUUAAACGUUGUGUAUGUUAGUCUUUUUGCACCUGGCCUGUAUGCAGCCUUCUUUUUGUUAGUUCAUAUCUACCGGAAACUUUCCCAGAUAAACUUUUUAGCAAAUGUAAAGUCUCCUUGGAAACCAGACUGGAUUUUUGCUUUGCCUAGAGAUGGAAUAUUCUCUUUGCCACUGUCAACUGCUGGAACUAGCUGAUCCAGGUUUUCCAGGUAGAUAUUCCACCUUGAGAGCUAGUUGUUUGUGGCUUUUGGUCUUGGGUGCUGGUCUGAAGCCCACGGUUUCUGGGUUGCAACCUUUGCUCUGAAAAUCUUGGUUUUCAUUUUUAAUCCAGGAGCAAGCUUCUAGCCCUUAUGCAGGACAGGGAAAGAGAUGAAACCUGAUGGGCUUCAGAACGGGAACUUGUACAUCAUGCACACAUUUGAAGAGAGGCUUUCACACCCCUUUUGAUUCUGUACCCUGCCUGGUUAUAAAAGUGACCUAGCUCUUCGCAUAGUUGUAAGGUCCAACAAGAUUAAGCAUUGCAGAGCGGCUCUUAAAUUAAAAGUGCUAUGCAUAUGAUAAAUGUGUGUGUGUUUCUCUAUCUCUGUGUCUUUCAGGCGUGAGCUGUGGAAACCUCUAUUGGUGUAUGUGCGGUAACAACAUGUCUGUCCCCCUCCUCGCCGAUGCCGUGACCAUUUCAGGGGCAGAGCGGGAGACUGCAGCGGUAAGGGCUUUCUUUGUCUCUCUCCUUGGCUUGCCAUCUGUCGGGAUCCAGAAAGAUUAGGGGAAUUAACUGGAUUUCUUUCCUCCACCCCCCUCCUCUUGGUGCUGCUAAUGUCAAGGGGCUGCCCUCCCUUUAACUCAGAAGCUGUUUGAGAGAAAGGGGUGGUGGGGGUGGUGGCAGAGGAAUUGUGCAGAGAGAAACUUUGGUGAGGGGAGGGCUGCGGGAAGAGAUCAACCUGGUUUCGUUCCUUUCCAGUAAACAGCACAAUGUUGUUUGUGUAGGACCUGCGCAAAACACCACCGCUGCCUCUGGCAGGUAAUUAGCCCAGCUGUAUCAAAUUGUGUUGGCCUCGACGCUACUACUCUUGCACUAACAAGGAAAUAAUAGCCAAGGCUUGCUUUCUACCACCCCCUUAAUGCAAAUGUGGGGCUGCUGUGGUCAACCAUCAUGGCCAGGCGCUUCUGCAGAAAUGACACUGACACCCACCAGGCUCCCAAGCUCCUAUAAUCCUCGCCCUUGUUGCUGGCUCUGCCUGCAUUUGCACCAUCAGAUGUACCUUGCAGUUUUAUUUCCUGCCUAUCUGUGUGAACCAUGCCCUCCCCUUCACAAAGAUCUAAAUUCUGCAAGGAGAACACAUUACAUAAAUCAAACACAUUUUGCCUAGAUUGGCUUAUUUGUAUAUAAUUCUUUUUCAGUAUUUGGUCUCCUCAGUGCUGUGAGAGUAAAGAGAUGAGUGGUCUCCAGGGGCAUGGCUGUGAGUGGUCAGGAGGCAAGGGGACACCGGAAGUGCUCCCUUCUGACCACUGGUUAGUUCUGCCAACCCCCAGAACACUUUUUUUUAAAAAAAAGUUUGUUUUCUGCAUUCCUAAGGACUAGUAACUGAGCUUUUCCAAACAUAUGUGCCCAACAGACAAAAGAUGCUAAAUUUUGCCACAUUCUGGCCAACAGAAAUUAUUGCAUUCUGGAAUUCAGCAAAUAGUACUUUGUAAAGCCCAUCUCCUUGUUCUAUUAUGCAAAUGACUCUUGAUUAAUUUGCAGGUGUUAUUGUGGCUCUGUUUCCUUUUUAAAGGACAGAGAAAAAGGCUGAUGGGAUUAUGAAGAUUUGGAGUAGGGUGUUAAAUGUUUCAGAACUGUGGGAAGGAGUGAGAUUAAAUUCUCAAAGAGCCAACUCCCCUUUGCACCCAAGUUCCAUGGGGGGGGAGUGUUAAAUCUGUGAAACAACCCUCCGAUUGUCAAGAACUCUGUGUGAUUGAGAGUUUCGCUGUAAUGUGUCCUGAUUGAGAUGGGGUAGGCAGAGGUGUUUGUAGAAUUUGUAGCCGUUUUGGUGAGGGUUAGACAUAAGAGAGAAGAAUGGAUGUGUUAAAUGAAAGAUGGAACUAGGACAGUAAUAGGUUUUCUGGCAUAACCAUUUGGAGCCACAGGAAGGGAAAGGAAACUGCACAAUUUCCUCUCCCAAAGACCACAGUGAUAAUAGCUAGGAACUUGCUCUUCCGCUAGAAAUGAAAGCCGUGCUUUUCAGAGGUCGUAAGCAGCCAAACCAUAUAUCAAGAUCUGCAACAGAAGCAAAGCUUUACAAUUCUCUAGCUUUCCAUUGGGUAAAUCCUGUGAAGACAUUCAUGAGAAGUUAGUUUGCACUAACCUCUCUGCAAGAGAGGUCUCUGGUGGCCUGACACAUGGGGAGUGGAUGUGAAUACUCAGGUGUAAAUAUUCGGAGUGUGCCUCCUCAGUUAACUUGGCUUGUGAACAGUCUUGGCUUGUGAACAGAGAUUGAAGCUGCUCAGGAGACAUGACUCUGAGGUAACUGAUGGUGCGAACAGGCCUGUCUGCCCGCAAGUGGAUCUGUCACUGCCAAAAUACUGCUGGGUUUAGCAGUGUGGUAACCUGCUGCAGAGAUGUAGCCAUGUAGCUGGUUGAUGGAAGCUUUUUAACCCUCUCACCUGGACUGGAAUUGCUAACUUCCCUGACCUUUCUAAUGAACAACUCUGUUUUUCUUCAAGAAGGCUGGAACUUGUGGUUGCCAACAGAAAUGGGGAAGCAAAGCACAUCCAGCUCUGCUAGCGGGUGUUUGGUUUCCUCUAUCUGGGCUGCUGGUCAAGAAUAACAUUGAUAACAGAGGGGUGCAAGAAGCUGUGCACCAGCAUUUCUGUGUGAAUUUUCGAAAGGCCAGAUUCCGUUGCAUGGAGAGCCUGCCUUUUAAAUAGGACCUUUAUAUCACUGUGAUUCUCCAUGGUAAGAUAAAUUGCCCUGUUCUUCAGCAAGAAAUGCUGAAUUCUUAAACCUGUAUAAUUUUUUGCAAAUUUGUGCAAUAUUUCUUUAUUAUGCAUAAUUUACUGCACAACUUCUACUGUUUCCAUUCUCAGCAAAUAAAUAUACCGUAUUUUUCCAUGUAUAAGACUAGGCUUUUCUCCCGAAAAAUAAUGUCAAAAAUUAGGGUGGGUCUUAUAUACAGAUACAUCUCCCCCCCAUUUUCUUGAAUAUGAGUCCCCAAAAAUAGGGGGCGUCUUAUACAUGAGGGCAUCUUACAGACGGAAAAAUAUGGUAUUAUGCAGAGGAAUGCAGAGGAGUUACACAAGGCUCAGAAGCCUCAACCACUAGAAACCAGGCUGGGCCACAUCUAUGGUUUUUGAUACUUUGCCGAUCAUACCCACUUGGCCUCAAAGCAAUAAAGGCUAGAAACAUCUUCUUUUUGAAAAUGGAGAUUCUCAGGAAGCCAGAUAUUGUGAUCCUGCGAAAGCUUAUACUUUCUUUGAGGUGAAAUAUUAAAUGCUUGAAAUAGGCAAGGUUUAGGAGAGGAGGUGGUAGCAGCCUGUCGGAUUAAUUCACAGAAAGCAAUAACCUUGACCCAGAAGUUAUUGGGGGUGGGGCAUAUUUUUUAAACAACAUUUAUAUAAUGGUUACUCAAACAAAAGACUUCUAAGUGGUUUACAAACAAUCUAUAAUAUUCAUUUAAAAAUACCAGCAAAAGCAAACAUUUAAAAAGUUACAUCAAAAAGUUUAAAAUAUAAAAGAAGAUAAGUAAAUUUAAAAAACACAAAUUGCAACUACAUGCCUGAGUAGGCUUGCUGAAAUGAACAAAAUUUUACCAGGCACUGAAAGUAUUACAGUAGGUGCCUCCUACUGUAAGUGGGCAGGGAGUUCCAAAGUUCUGCCACACUAAAGGAUGGAUUUCUCACAAGUGUGGAAUGCAUGUUUUGUGACAUUUGUAGAGUGCUGGUUCUGGAGAUCUAAGCAGUCAAGUGAGCAUGUAUGGGGUGAGCUUAUCACAGUGCCUAGGUUUAGGAAUCCUGGAUUAUGGUUUAGGAAUCCUAGGUUCCUAGAUUCCUAGGUUUAGGAAUCCUAGAUGAUGGGCCUCUCUGCAUGGCUCAGCUUACGUCUUGUGUUUGCCUCUGUCUUCCAGGUGCAGAUGGGCACAUGAUGCGUUAGCAGUCCCUUUUCAGUGACGUGGGGUGUGGUUGAGGCAUCUUCUUUUAUUACAGCUGGGGCACACACAUGGUGAUGUGUAGGCUCUUCGUUCCCAGCCUCUCCUCCUCACUUUAGGUUGGGUCCUUCCUGCUUUUACCCUUUAGCAUAAUUCACUGCUGUGCUUUUUUUUUUUUUGCAACUAAUUGGUCUCACAGGAUGCUCCUGAUGUGCUUUGGUAGCACUUUUGCACUUGUUGUGCUGCCUAAUGUGUUAUUUUCUGCUUGAUUUCACAGGUCAUUUUUUUACAUGGGCUUGGAGACACAGGGUGAGUGUUUGGGUUGUGUUAGUAACUGAGGCAAGAAGGGAAGGGGGAAACCUUCUUUGUUCCAGCAGCCUGGACCCAAAAGAGCUCCUGUUUCUAGUUGGGAAAUGUUGAAUGUUAAUAUUCCAGCCAGCAUGAGCAGCGGCAGGAUUGGAAUGAGGAGAUGUUGAGACAAAAGCAAUAGUUUACCAAUCCAGAACACAUUUUCACAUAGGAAAAUGCCUUAUACCAAAUCAGAUUAUUGGUCUAUCUAGCUCAGUAUGUCUACACAAGCCUUCUCCAACCUGGUGCCUUACAAAAACCUUGGACUACUGCUCCCAUCAGCCCAUUCCAGCAUGGCCAUUGGUCAGGGAUGAUGGACAUUAUGGUCCAAGACAUCUGAAAGGCGCCAGGCUGGGGAAUGCUGGUCUGUGUGGACUGACUGCUGAGCUCUCCUGUUGGGAUGCUGCACCAGGUGGAGGAGAACUUACCGACUUUACUGGAUUGCAGUUACUCAUACAGGGUAUAUAAAUUUACUUGCGUCUUUAUGCAUAGCUUUGCAUAAAUGCUUCUAACCACAGUUGGCAGCUAUGAAAAUGUCCCACCAUGGCUUUCCAGUAGAAUGGGUUUUGGUGGGGGAGACAGGCAGUGGAAAAUGCUUUCUUCUCCAUUUUAGUUUGUCUGCUGUGCAGUACAAGUUCUGAUCUAUGUUCUUUCUGCCUUCCCUACUUCAGGCACAGCUGGGCUGAGGCCCUGUCCUCCAUCCGGCUUCCUUAUGUGAAAUACAUCUGCCCUCAUGCGUAAGUGUUGCCUCUGCCCUGGGUUACAAUUAAGGCUUGCAUAUGUUUCAGGAAACAGGCCUCUGCUUGGGGUGUGUGUUCCCCUUAUCAGUCUAGUUUCCUCCAGCCAGAAAUAAGCUUCCCUUACAAGCUCAGAAAAUACACUCACCAUCCCCAGCCUAGUGCCCUUCAGUCAUUCUGGACUGCAGCUCCCAUUAGCCCCAGCCAGCACAAUCUCAUCAUCCCUCACCAAUGGCCAUGGUAACUCUGGGCUAAUGGGAACCAAAGUCCAACAAUGGGGAGGAGGUGCGGAACACAGGUUCCCUUAAGGCCUGUGUGUGGUUUUAAUCCUAGCCAAACUGGAAACAUUCUCUUCACCCAUGGAAACUAGUUUGCAGGCAUUCUGACAGCUUUGCUCUCAUGUAAUUUGGAACCUUAUAGGUUGAGAGGCAGGAUAAGGUUGUUGCCUUAUGUCAUUUUUGUGAGCUUCUCUGGGCUUCUGGUUGGUUACUGUAGGGAGCAGUAUGCUAGAGUAGGUAGCCCUUUGAUCUGAUCCAGCAGAGCUCCUCUUAGGCGCAUCAUUGCACCAGUGCCAGAGACUUCGCUUCCUUAAGCACAAUACAAUAUAUAUUCCAUUAGUGGAAUUGGGCUGUGAUGUUUUUCCUGCCUGCAUCCACUUUUUCCUUUUUAAAAUAGAAAUAUAUGUAUGUGCUAAGGCAGAAUCUCAGCUGCAUCCCAGUUCUCUUUCUUGUUGGAUCAAGCCAGCUCUGGCUGUCUCAAAGUGAGAAUAGCACUUAACCUAUAGCUUUUUAGGGACUAUGGCUUAAGUUUUUGCUGCCCGCUUAAGAUUCUGCCCUUGCAAAAAAAAAAAAAACCAUCCCCACCGAUCAUUAAUUAACCAAUCAUUGUAUUAUCCCUGAUAUUCUAAUCUUUUUCAAUCAAUUUUUUUGAAGAUUUUAAACUGUAAGAUACUACAAUCGCACGAACAUCACAACAAAAAACAAUAAUUUGGUGUUAAUGGUAAAACAGCUAUAUUAAAUAUUACAGAUUGAGGUUAGUACAUUAAUAUCAUAGUGGUGACCCAAUCUGAAAAAUAGACAUCAGACACGAUGUUGACUUUUGACCAAACCAGUUGGGAGCUGAACACCUAGAGGUCAGUUAGUGCAAACUUCUUGACUGACCAACAUUAACAGAAGCCACCAUUUCUCCACGAGGAUGUCAGCCUUAAUCAGCUGAUAUUGUAAUCUGAGGAACAUAAGAUGAUCCUGCUGGAUCAAGCCACGGACGCAUCUGAUCCAGCAUCCUGGUCUCACAAUGGCCAACCUGUUGUCUCUGGGGAGCCUGCAAGCAGGACCCAAACACAGAAGCACUCUCCCCUCCUGCAUUUCCCAGCAACUGGCACUCAAAAACAUUACUGCCUCUAUGACAGUGGCUGGAAGGAGCUCAGUAGAUCUUGCUAGCCAACCCAACACUCUGCCUGAACUCCCUAAGCUCCAGCUCCCUAUAACAUGCAUGGAUUAUCCAGUGUCAGCCAUUCAGGGUGUUGCACACCACCCAGCAGAGGUGCUUAUUUCAAAAAGCCUUCAGUAAAUUAGCCCAAGAUCUUUGAGGCACAAAGCACACUGCCUCUCCACCUCAGCCCUUAGCACGAGUUUGCUUGCUUUGGACAAACAUAGUAUCUGCCAAGCACAUACUAAGAGGGGCUCACAAAUAAUUUUGCCCUUGUUACAAAACUUGAGAGUCUGUUUGACCUGGUUUUCCCUUCACCAAGUCCCCACCCCCAGCAGCUCCCAGGUGGAACAUGGACAGAUAAUCAUACCCCACAACUGGACCAUCGUGCCCCCCCUUACACUGGGGAAUCUUUAGGUUUGCCACAAAGAGCAUGUUGACAAGCAAGGUGGGGAUGCAUCAGCUGGGGUGGGGCUAAAGUGGUGUGUCUGGGUGCCAUACAAGAUGAUAAACAGGUAUCAGUUUCCCUUCCUAGGCGCCUCUUUGAACCUGGACUUGCAGUGGUAAUGGCAGGAUGAGUAAAAUAGGCUCCAAAAGAGCUGAUUUCUGCCUUCAUCUACAUUCUUUUUGUCAAAACACUGGAAAGAGCCAUGCAGUUCUGCCUUGAGCCUGCAGUAUCUCCCCCCACCCCCCGCUUACCUUGCAAAGCAGCCCGUCUGUUUUUGCGACGCCACCUGGGUUAGAUUUAAGACAAAAUGGAGCGACUUGCAGACUGCUCCUACUUGAGUCCGGCUCUUUUGUUGGUAGCAACAGGCAGACACGCGAAACCCUGUGCCCACUGUGGUGAGUGCAGGCUCGUGAGCUUUUCAGCCCAAAGGAGAUGGCUGCUGCUUCCUCAGCAACUCUAGCCAAAGCACCUAGCUCAUGCUCAAGUCAGUCCCCAAAUGUCCAGGUCCCAGGGUGGGCUGCUUGGCAACCACACCAACACUGCCUGAUCCAGGAGGGACUGUGUGUAUUUCUUAGAAAGGAAGUAAGGGCAAGCAGAGCAGGCUGUGUGUGCACCUGAAUAUGUAAAGAUCUUUGUCACCUGCUUCUUUGCAAAGCUAACCCUACCUGGGCAGACCCUGAGGUUGGGGACUUGGGGGAAAACAGCUAGCAGUUCUAUAGCUGGAACUCAGUCGUGUUUAUCCCAUACCUUUUGGAGUCACAUACAAGUUCAACUUGUACAAGUGUACAAGUUCAGGAUUUGAGAGAAUGUGCAGCCUUUGCAGGUUUUUGCAAACUCCGCUAUGUCUGGAUGAGUUGAGGUUUCUUAGGUUUGUGAGGAGCCUCAUGACCUGUUGUCUCUUCCUACUGGAGCAUAAUUGCCUGCUUCUCUCUCUUUUUCUCUCUCCCUCCCCCCACCCUCUCAUAUGCUUGCAGGCCUAGGAUCCCUGUCACCCUCAACAUGAAGAUGGUCAUGCCAUCCUGGUUAGUAUAAAACAAUGUUAAUUUAAUUGCUGACAGAUAAGCGACGUGCCCCGGCCUCCUGCCUCCCAGGCACUUCUUUUUCUGGCCUGCAUGACAUCAUAAGGAAAUAUGGCAGCCAGAACUAGGCUUGUGGCAGUCACCAGGAGUGAUGGGGAAUGAUACAGAUGAGAGGCUGAUGGGAGGGGGGAAAUUAAAGGCAGCAGCUGUGUGCAAAGGUUUAGUGGACCUGAGGAAGCUGGCCGGUGUUUUUUGGCUAGGGCAGAUUGGUGCAUGAUUUGUAGGGGGCACACCAUGGCUACUCCUAUAAGGCUGGGGUGCAAACACUGUAGAGGACGAAGAGUGAGUCUUUAAAUAAGACAUUUGGGCCAUGAGGUCGAGGGGUACUGCCUACCAGGUAGCUUGCCUUGCCUAGGGUUCUGAUCCACAGCCCUUUAACAGUCUUUUAAGAAAUGUAUAUUGUUUCAACAUCCACAGGUUUCACUUCUAGAUUUUUCUACAAACUUUUCCUGUGUCUCUGGUUACUUUUCUGGGCAAUGGGCAUUAAUGUAUAUUCACAAUACAGCAGGGGAGCAUAGGCAGGCUUGCUGCCUUUUAAGACCUGGUGGAAAGAAGGCCUCUGAAUUGAUGCAUGUCUGCAGCCAGCAGAUAGUCUGCCGGGUAGAAACCUCUCCAGCUUCCCAGCAGAGUUCUCCCUUAAUCACUUUAAUUCUUUCAUACGGAAGAGUUUGGAAUGGCACAGCCAAGCUGCCAGGACACUAUAUAGUCAUAUAAUGUGCUUGCUUAGCCAGCCUCAUGUAGGCUGCUGGUGGACCAGAGAGCAGGGGCUAACUUGCAUUUUUUUCUUCCAGGUUUGAUUUGAUGGGCCUGAGUCCUGAUGCACCUGAGGAUGAAACUGGAAUUAAAAAAGCUGCUGAGAACCGUAAGAAAAGCUUGCCCAGGGGUAGUGUUAGAGCUGGUCUACAUUUCUCCAAAUUCUAACUGACAGCAUUUGAAAGCCGGAGAGAAAGAGAGAGACGGGUUCUGUUCCUUGAGUCAUAAAGAGCCUCUGCCCUUUUUUACAUUCCCAGUUCAAAAAGGCCCACUUCCUAAUUCUUGCAAAAAGUAAAGCGAGUGAAGCAGUUUGGGAUGUUUACAUUCUGAAUGCAUGGAAGGCUCAUUUUAAAACACUUCCUCCUAGUGCAAAUGUAACAGAGGCAUCCUGUAGACAAUGUUUUGCAUAUCUUAAGCCAUCCUCCACUCCCACACCAUAUUUAUCCCUUCUCCAAGAAGAUUUUACCCCUGCCUGCCCUUUCCAAUUUUAAGUAGUUUUGUGUUGCAGGUGCAGUGGUUGCAAGCCAUAGUUCCUAUCCAAAACUUAUGGAAACCAUGGUUAUGAGGAAAGCUGGUUGUAGUAACCAUGGUUUGCAUUGGUCUGUAUAACAAGCCCUUGGCUAGCAACAGGGGAAAUUACCUUACCUAGUCAGACCCUUGGCUGGGUGCUGCUAAUGCUGAUGGGCAGCUUUUUGACAAGGGUCUGUCCAGCCCUACCCAGAUUCUGGGGAUUGAAUCUAGGAUCUUCUGCAUGCAAAGCAAAUGCUCCACCACUGAUUUGCAGCCAUUCCCAAAUUGUUAAUGUUGGCAGGAGAAGAAGAGGAGAUGAAUCACUCCAGCAGGAAAGACCCAGAGAGUGGGAAUGUGUGCUCUCAAGGCGGAUUCCUGAUUUGCAAAUGUGUGGCAUCUUAGCACUGUCUGCUUUUUUAAACAUUUCAACACCAAAGAAGAGUGGUUUCUGGGUUUUAGCAAUCUCACACCAACUCUCUCCAAAGCUGGUGUGACAUAGUGGUGAAGGCUGUGAAUUGUGAAUUCACUGAAGAGGUCUUGGGCAAGCUUCAGAUUCCAGAGAAACAGCCAUGUUGGUCCACUGCAGCAGAACCAAGAGUCCUCUGGCAUCUUAAAAGACUAGCAUGUAUUUUGUGGCAUCACUUUUCAUGAGGGAGAGCUGAGCCCAAUGCAAACGUUGAUUUGUCUUAUGCUCCCCCCCCCCCCCACUUUUCAAACACUACUCCUUUUCCCUUGAUCUUUGCCACCGGAGGCCUUGCCAGAAAGAACAUCACACUCCUUUUAAAAACAUGACAUUUUGAAGCAGAGGAAACUUUGUGAAAUAGAUCUGUGCCAACAGACUUUGUCUUUGUAAUUAUUGUGCACCCAGCAUAUUUGGCACCUGAGAUGCAAGGCCUAUGAUAUUAUGCCACCUUGAACUCUCUCCCUCUGCAUUCCAGUUAAAGCGGUGAUCGAACAUGAGAUAAAGAAUGGGAUCCCAGCCAACCGUAUCAUCCUGGGAGGCUUUUCGCAGGUGACUGGUGUGUGUGUGGCAGGCUACAUCCCCAGGAUGGCAAGCCGGUGUGUGGACGGUGGGGUUGGAAAUGAGGAACAGGGCAUGGGCACUGGUGCUGGGGGAAGAUGGAGAACUAGCGGCUGCCACCUUGCUAAUGGGGGUGGGGAGCAUGGGAGAUGAGGUAUAGCUUCCUCUGGAGCAGCAACUUGGAUGUGUGCAGUUGUUCCAACAGUACUGAGGUUAAGUGGUAUCCUGGGUCAUACUGCUUUCACUUUUCCAUUCAAAACACAUUUCUAACCCUUAUUGCCAUGGGAAACACACAUGCUUUGGGGCAAUGUCUGGUAAAACCUUACAACCCAAGGAUGGGUGUGGGGACAGAGUUAGACUUCUGGAGUGGAACUUCUGCCCUCCUAACUACUACAGUGGUAUCUCGGGUUACAAACUCCGCUAACCCAGAAGUAGUACCUUGGGUUGAGAACUUUGCCGCAGGAUGAGAACGGAAAUCGCGUGGCGGCAGCGGGAGGCCCCAUUAGCGAAAGCGCACCUCAGAUUAAGAACGGUUUCGGGUUAAGAAUGGACCUCCGUAACGAAUUAAGUUCAUAACCCGAGGUACCACUGUACUUCCCUGUUUCCUUCUGGCAAGCUGAACAUUGCAUGCAAAAAAAGAGAGGGAAGCCUUUGAAAUUUGUGUAGGUAGAAUAUAAUCAAGUUGCAGAAUUUGAUUCUAUAUUUUUGAAAGGUUUAGGUUGCACCAGGUCUUUUUUUCCUCAAGUAGUUAAGUGGGGCAGGAAGCGGUGAGGGCUCUUCUGAUGCUGUGCAUGAGGAGUGUGGCCUCCACUGACCUGUGUGCCCCCCCCCAUACCAGUCAUGCCAUAAGAACCAGGAAAUCUCUUACAAAGGGGUGGGGUGGGGAGGGCUGUUCACAGGGGUGGCAGUAGAUGAGAGUUGUGUGCGUCUUUGCAUUGGUAGAGGGUCUUUUCUGGAGCAAGCUCUGACCUGCUUUCUAAUCUUGGUUGCGCUUCAGGGUGGCGCGCUGUCCCUCUACACGGCGCUCACGUGCCCACACCAACUGGCUGGCAUUGUGGCCCUCAGCUGCUGGCUCCCCCUGCACAAGACCUUUCCUCAGGUAUUGCAGCCCCCUCUCCCCCUUGAAUGUGUUGCUGUUGGCCCUGUGGGUUGGGCUUGGUGCAUGCCAGGAUGGCUGCUCAACUGGGAAAUGCCUGUCUGGUAGAGCAGUUCCUUCACAACUAGCUUGCCCAGGUACUGCAUUUCCCAGAGUGCAAUGGGUUGUUCACAGCUUGGUGCUCCUUCCCCUGCUGCUGUUUUUUUCCCCCCUCCCUCCUGCAGGCAGCAAAUAACAGCAUGAACAAAGACAUCCCCAUCCUACAGUGCCAUGGGGAGAUGGACCCCAUGAUCCCAGUCCGCUUUGGAGCCCUCACUGCCGAGAAACUGAAGGGCAUUGUGACUCCAAGCAGGGUCCAGUUCAGAACCUACCCAGGAAUGAUGCACAGCUCCUGCCCUCAGGUUAGUUGGCAGCCGGUAAACCCAUUUCCUAGGAUGACUGACUAGUCUUUGUUGAGUGCCAUAUCUUGGUUGCAGCCAGGGUGCAUGCUGGGAUAUUAGGGUUGAGAUGCUCUCUCUCUGCCUUACUCUGGGAGUAUCUGAGAAGGUCCUAUGCCUGGUGCCUCGACCUUCACAGGUUCGGUGGAGGGCAUCCAAAAGCAAAGCAUCCUUUGAGGUACUCCUUGAAGUGCCUUCUGCCAUGAGCCCUUAUUAUGGCUUGUAUAAUCCAGUUUCAUAAGGCAGCUUUGCAGACCUGGUGGUCUCAGGCAGCCUCUUUUUGAUCCCCACUUAAUUAUAUUGUACUGCUGCAAUCAGCUGUCUUUAACUGGAUAUGUAUUUUUUUUAACCGAUUAAUUCAAAAGAAAUAACAGUGUUAGUCUGGAGUACUAAAAAUAGCAGGUGCCCUGUGGAAGCUUAAAGGUAGACAACUAUAUUGUGGCAUCAGCUUUCAUGGGCCAGACCCCCAACUCCUGAUAAAGCCAAGUGCCAUCAUGACACUGUAAUUGUGGCUUUGGUUUAAUCUCGACUUGCUUCAGUUGACUUCUGAUUUUAUAUGAGCAGUGAAAUAAAUUGCUGUCAGCUGGCUUGGCAGCCGCCUCUUGUGGCAGCCAAAAGACUGCUUGAAACUUGAAAAUCAGCGUACAUGUGUGGGCAGCAACUCAUGUAGCAUAACAAGGAAACUGGCAAGCCCCCCCCCCCCCCGCCCUGCCUCCUGGACUCUUGAUAAGCUCAGUUCUCAUUUCAGCUCUUGAAAUUUUUUCUGUUUUAUGACCCUCAGUUCAAUGCAGAGAAUCUUGUCACUCCCCAAAGGGAGCACAUGAACUGUUUGAGGCUCUUAUGUCUUUGAAGGAGAGGAGAAUGAGCGCACGCACUAACAAAAACCACUACUUCUUUUACUCUGUGCAGGAGAUGAUGGCUGUGAAAGAAUUCAUUGAGAAGCUGCUGCCCAGGAUUUAA